CAUUCAAAGCCGCGAAGUUAGUCGCGCUGCGGACAACGAAGCGAGUUGACGUCCGAACAGUUAAUCAUCAGAUUACGUCACGCCUUUGUGGUCGGGUUUUCCACGACCGUCACAGAGUACGAUAAACAGUCUAUGUCGGCGAUGUGGAACGAAGGGGACCCUCGGCGCGAGCUGCCCAGCCACGAGGUGGCCAUGGGCCGGUCGCCCGGUGCCGAGGUGGUGGUGCUGGACGACCGGGUGAUCGAGGCGGCGUCGCGCGCGCAGCCCGGCGUCACCAACAUCAACGUCACCAAGUCCUCGCGCCUGCACAUCGGGCCCAAGUUUGUGUCGGUCACCCAGAACAUCGACAACACCGAGGUGGUCAAAGGCCGCAUUCUGGGCCUCGAGCUGGUCUCGCCCCAGAACUCCAAGCGGCUCCGCUGUAGCAUCGCGGUGUUCGUGUGCUGGGCCUUCGUUGUUGCGUCUGGCCUCACAUUCUUCAUCUUCCACUUUGCACUGGCAAAACAAGCAAUACGUCUAGAUCUAGACUUACCAUUGCCUCGGUACUUAUGGGACAUAGCGAAAAGUACAACGAGAGCAGAAAGACUGUCGUGCGCGGCCGCUAUAGUUGUGCUGGCUGUAUGCAUAAUUUUAAUAGUUUACUUCACCGUCGUUUCUAAGAAGCAUGCCAAUGCUGUGGUAGAUGUCGCUCCACACGAAUGGUACAUCACCAAAAAGAUGUGGCUGGCACCAAAGUUCAUAAAUGACGAGAAAACUGAGUUUACCCCCGUGAAACUGAUCAUCAUCGCUCACACUGUCAGUCCCGAGUGCAAUUUGUUCGUGAAUUGCGCAGCUGAGAUGGUCAACCUUCAGAAUUAUUUUACCACCCAUUAUGGAUACGAUUUACCGUAUAACUUCGUGAUAGGAAAUGAAGGAAGAGUUUAUGAAGGCCGUAGUUGGGAGAUAAUUGGUGCACACACCAGUGGAUACAACCGUUGCUCUCUUGGCUUAGCGUUUAUAGGUGACUACCGCGAGGGUUUACCAUCUUACUCAAAAGUGACAAGUCUACAACUGCAAAGAGCACAAAUGUUAUUAGACAAGGGUGUCGAGCUUGGAUAUAUAGACAAAGACUACCAAGUCGUCGGAGCGAAAGAUCUGGCUUCCUCAUAUAGUCCUGGCACCAACCUAUACAGAGAGAUACAAAAAUGGCCCCACUACGCCCAUAACAACACAUUUAGAGGCAAAACUUGUGAAGAAAUAUAUAACAGGGCACUACCACACACCACCACGUCCACUCCGAGAACAGUAGAAAUAAAUGAGACAACCACAUUGUUAUGAGACCAAUAAAUGACGCAGAAGUUGCUUGAUAUUUGUAUCUAUGAGAUGUGUGGACGCGUGGGUUACCAGAGAAGUAAUAAAUAGAGUGUAUAAUAAUGCAUGGCCAAUCAGAACUUGUAUGAAUCGUGUCAUAGUGGAAGAGAUAAUACCUAAAUAUAUCUGUGUUGUUGUGCACAAUUAUAACUGGAUCGACCAGCAAGUUCGGUGAAAGCAGGCCUACUUAGUAAGAACACAACUACACAAACAGUACUCACUACUGUACAGUUACUUUAGUCAUCCGUGUUAUGAGGGUGAACAAGUGAUCUAGCCAUAAAUUAUGUUAUAAACAGUACUGCUUGACAUGUAGGGCUUUACGCUCAAUAACAUACAAAAAGACAUAUUAUUCUCAAACAGGGAUUAGGUAAAUAGAAAUUACUAUAUACGAGCCCUGAUGGAUCCGACUUAUACGUCUAGUUUUUAAUCUAGUGGCUAAUUAUAAUAACAAAUAUUUCUAUUGGGCCGUAUAAAUAGCAUACUUUAAGCCUUUGUCAUUAAUUAUGCUAUGUGUCGAAAAAGGUAUUAUUGUAGUUUGUAUAGUAUUUUACGAUAACGUUACAAUUUGUUAUAAGUAUUGUUUUAUAUAAGUUGUGUGUUUUAGGCCAUUUUAAAAAAUAUAAUCUUGUUAAAUAUUGGGACCAUCAAGCAUCACAAAGAGGCUCUCGACUGAAUCUUGGUAAAUGUGUCAAAAUUUUAUUUUUUGUGUACCGUAGAGCUGCAGUUAAUUAAAAAGAAAUGCACUUAACUGCAGUAGUUUCAAUGUAAGUACUUAACUAAAACUAAAUAUAUGAUUUACCAAUACCAUAUAUCUCUUAGUGAUGUGUUGGUGUGCGGAUGCGGUUGUCGACUGACUCCAACAGAAGUUAAUAUUAUCACAAAUGUCAGUGGUGAUGAGGGUACACUAGACUACACGAAUACGUCCUAACACCAGUGUCCAUGAUAAUUGUUGCUCUCAAUCUUUAACUUUUCACCAUUUAAGUACAUUACGAGUUAAAUGCAAGAAUAGAUGUGCCUAUUUCUAAAUAGGUACACUCAAAAUAACUUGUAACGCUAAUUAAAAAUUGUCACACAUUUUAGUCAAUGUAUAUUGUAAAUUUAAUAAUUUAGCACUAAUUAAAAAUGUAUUGAAAUUAUUCGUAUAUGUGUGACCUUAUGAACGAGUAGGUAUUAAAAAAUUGUUAACUGUGACAAUCGGUGAACCCAGAUAACCUUAGACCGUCCGGUGGGUUUUCCCAAAUAUUGAUAAAUGAUGAUAGAUAAUUAUGAUGUUUUAUAUUAUACAGUUUUUAAUAAAAAAUAUAUUUUUAAA